ACAGUCACUUCCGUAGCAUUCAGCACACAUCCGAACGAAUCCGCAGCCUUUCGUCAGUGUCGGAAAAUCCCGCCAUCCCCGCCCAUCCCCCGAUGGCGGUCUCUACCGCCUCCGCCGCGGGGGACCUCGGCGAGCCGAACACGGCGGAGGCGGAAGCGUUGUGCCAGAUCCACGCGAUGGAGGCGCUGCUUGCGCGCGCGGACGAUCAGAUCAAAUCCAUCGCCGCCUGCGGCACGCGCGGGGGCCCAACGCGCGCGCAGCUCCCCGCGCUGACGGCGGGCGCACAGAACGCGCUGGCCGCGCUGGGGGGAGUCGAGCGGGAGUUGCGGUCGCUGGCGGAAGAGAUGGCGGAGGGGAACGAGUGCGCGUGGGGAAUCCGCGGGGAGGGUGGCAGAAGCGGAAUGGGAAGCCGAAGUACCGCGCAGGGGCAGGCUGGGGAUGAGGGCGAUCGAGCGCCCGUGUGGCAGCGAGUGCAGUCAGCGCUGCAGCAGCUGCACAAGGCGCAGCCAGACCUCCGCCAGCGAUUGCGCCACGUCACCCUGACAGCUCAGCAAAAUCUCAUGCGGCAAGCACAGCAAGAGAGGGACGAGCUACUAGGGGCAGGACGAGAGGCAUCGUUGAGACGAAGAAAACUGGAGUCAGCGGCACAGAUGGCGGCAGCAGCUGAGGAGGUCACUUCAACGCUUCGACGAACACGGCACGUCAUGGAGCAGGAAGUGCAACGUGGCGUGCACACAUUGGAGGAACUCGACACGUCAGCAACGGUGCUGACGUCAGCAGGCUCACAGCAUUCCCUGCAGCACUCCCGGCUUUCCACGGCGCACCGACUGCUGGCGCUGCUGAAGAGAGGAGAUGUGACGGACAGACUCAUCAUCGUCAUCGGUUCUCUCUUCUUCGUCCUCGUCUGCUGCUUCAUCGUCAUCUCCCGCGUUCCCCUCCUCAACUCCCUCCUCCUCUCCUCCUCCUCCCUCCUCCUCUCCUCCUCCUCCCUCCUCCUCUCCACCACACACUCUCUCCUCUCCCCCAUACUCUCCCUCUUCUCAUCCCUCCUCACCGCUCUUGCCUCCUCCUUCCUCCCCACCCUCGCCUCUCUCUCCUCCUCGUAUCUCUCCCUUGCCUCCUCCUCUCUCUCCUCCCUCCACCACACAAUCCAACCCCUCCUCUCCCCCCCACCUUCUCCCCUACCUCCUCUCCCUCCUCCCGCCCCCUCUCCCAUGCCCUCCCCUUCCCCACCCAUUUCCACCACUUUCCCCUCCCCAUCCCCCUCCUCCCCCUCCUCCUCCGCCUCCUCUCUCUCUCCUCCUAUAAACCCAUCCCAGCCAAACUCCUCUUAUGAGACGCCUCAAGCACCAACCAAGUCACUGGCAGGCCGACAGCAGGAGCAUGGGAAGGUUGGGGGCUCUACGGAACACGUGCUGGCAUCAGGCGCAGGGGAGACAGGUGCUGAGGCGCGUCAAAACCAGCAGCAAGAGCAUGGGGAGGGUGGGGGCUCAACGGAACAGGUGCUGUCAUCAGGAGCGGGGGAGGAAAGAGGGGUGCAGGCAAGGGAAGGGGGGCAGACAGUGGGUCAGGCAGAAGGGGUGGCGCAAGGAGGAGGGAGAGAGGGAAGUGGGUUGGAGGGAGGAGGUGGAGAGAAACGAACAGAGGCAGGACGAGCAGCACGGGAAGGGGCGGGAGGAGGGGUGAAAGGAGGGGCACGAGGAGAGGGGUCAGUGCAAAGAGGGGUGAGAAGAGGGGCAGGGGCGAGAGUUCCAACAGGGAAAGGGAAAAGGGGAGGCAAGCAGGGGGCCAUGGCACGCGGGAAAGUGAGGGCUGGCGAAAGGGGAGGGCAAAGAGGGGGAGCAAGGGGGGUACCAGGGAGGGGAGGAGAAAGAGGAGGGGCAGGUGCAGGACCAAGGAAAGGGGAAAGAGGGGGAGGAGCACGAGAGGAAGUAGCAGGAGGCGGAACAAGAGGAGGGAGUGGUGAUGUGGGUGUGGGGGAAUCUACAAGGAGCAGUGAACCUGCUUCAGCUGUUGUUCCUCGAUCUCCCGCUGCUGUCCCAUCUCCCACUGACCUCCCUCGCACUGCUGACCUGCCUGCUGACGGCAUGCCUCUUGGUGAUCCACCUGCUCUUGAAUCCCCGGACGAGGGAAAGGGAAUAGAGGAGAUGGAGGAGGGUGGGAAUGGGAAGGCUGGAAGUGAGGAAGGGGAAAUGGAGAGUGGGGGUGAGGGAGGAAGGGACAGUGUGAGUGAGGAGGGUGGGAGAGGAGGAGUGAGCAGGCAGGAGGGGGAGCAGGACACAUGCAGUGUGACGGGUGGCAGUGGCGUGUGCAGUGCAAAUUUAGAAGAAGCUGCGGUUUUGCAGAAUGCUGCUGGUGACGCCUCUAGCAUUCCUGAUGCUGCUAGCGACGCCACUACCCCUGAUGCUGCUCGCGACGCUGUUACCAGUCAUGAUGCUGCUCGUGACGCUGCUUCUGGCACAGAGGCUGCUAGCAGUGCUCUUACUCAUGCUACUGAUGCCACAACUACUGCCGAUGAUGCUACUGGUCCUGCUACCGCUGCUGCUUUGGAUGCUGAUGCUGCUACGGCCAGUGAUGCUGCUACAACUGCCGCUACUGAUACCGCUACUGCCACUGCUACUGAUGCUGCUACAGCCUCUGCUACUGAUACUGCUACCGCCACUGCUACUGAUGCUGCUACAGCCGCUGCCACUGAUGCUGCUACUGGGGCUGCUACUGAUGCUGAUUCUGCUCCUGUCACUACUGCUGCUUACGCUGACUUCACUUCUAACGCUGCCACUGCUGCCGCUGCUCCCGCUGCCGCUGGUGCUGCCACUCACACUGCCACCCUGGCAACCCCUGCUACGGGUGCUUAGAGCACAGGAGGUGGGAGUGUGGGCAGUGGGGAGCAUGUGGCAGGUCAACCUGCGGGUGGGUGUGAUGGGGAGGGAGGCAAUGGGGAGGGGGCAGCUGUCAAACAUAUUUGUGUAUGUUUAGUAGACUACAUAGGGUCUUGCCAUAGACAGUACAAGUUACAACCCACUAGCUAUAUACCCCUGUAUACUCUCAAUCUAGUUAA